CAAGUUAGCUCUUGCGACGCGCAACCUAUCUGCAGCAACAAAUUUAUUCAUUUUCCCCUCUCUUCUUACAACGACUCGUUCGUUGCUUCCUUAAUCAUGCUCGCCAUGACGAGGUUGCCGUCUGAUUCCUUCCUAUCAUCGGGGGCCGUGAUGGAUGCGAGCGAACGCUCCAUGUCCUUCACUUCUCAUCUUAACGGCCACUCUUCCACAUCCGUUAUAUCUCCAUUAUCCCUACCGCAUGCUAUAGACAAUCUGUCAUACCUGGACGAGUCACAUGUUACAAAUCUAUCGCCUUACAACAAUUAUUCACAUUCACCUUCGUACCCUAUACCUCCACGAUCUCGAUCGCAAUAUCGUUCAUCACACCUGAACCCCCAAAGCGUCUGUGAGCAGAACCCGUCAAGCUUGUCCCCCACGGUGUGCCGAUCGAAGUCUCGUGCUGCAUCUCCAUCCGUGGAAUCAGCCAGCAAUCACGGCAUGACAUCCCCACCCGACAACAUGAACAUGAACAACCAGGCUGCACUGGCCCUGCUCCAUCGUAGGGAGGAGCAGAAUCGAAGACUUCUGGAAAGCUGGCACGCUGAGCGUGCUCAUCUCGAGGCCAACCGUGCGCGAGCCGAGGAAGUUUACCAAGAAGAACGCGCGAUAAUGGAUGAGGAACGUAUGAUAUGGAUUGAAGAGAGGACAAGGCUGGAGAAAGACCUGUCUGAAUGGAAGAUGAGGGCAGAGUUGGCCGAAAAGCAGAGGAAUGACCUGGCCAUCAUGCUUAAGAACGCUGGUAAGUCCUUUGAUGGCGCAGAUGAAUUUGGUGUGGGCAGCAUAAGAGGAGGUGGUCCCGGUAGUCCCAGGGCUCGCAUGCAGCCACCUAGUAAGAUUCAAAGCCCAUCAGAGGACUCGUCAACAAACACUCUACCCAGUUCGAUGCUUGGAACCACAAUGCCAGAAUCAAAGCCUUUCAUACCGCUGGAUCCGCGUAUGCAGGGCACAUCACCGGGGAUGAUCUCCCCUAAGGCGCAACAGGAUAGAGUGCCAUCAAUAGAUAUCCAGGAAGUCAUGCCUGAACUGGAAGGAAUUCGUGUCAGGCCGGAUGCUGUCCAAAAAUCAACAUUCACCGAUGGAGUGCUACUUUCACCAUCUACUGGAACAAAAAGGCCCGCUCCACCCAUGGCAAAGAAUGAUUCAUCUCGUCCACGUAUCGCACCAACAGAGUUGACAAAAGAGGCCCUCCAGGCUCCUGAGUCCGACAGACUUACGAUGCAUGCCGGACACACCCCAAAUCACUCCAUGUCUCUGUCUCGGCUCCAUACUGUCGAUCCUACUGACGCAACCAAUACAGUCAAUAGUUCCGGUGCAGCAACUCCAAAGCACCAGAUAGAAGAAAAUGCUCAAAAUACAGUCCUAGGGCAGCACUCACAGCCUGAAGGGACAAGUUUCGCUGCUCACAUAGCCCCCGAGAAUUCGGGGUUUCUACCCGGACUGGAAACUAUUGAGCCCCGACCAUACUCAAGUGGCAUUCCGGUGCCUUUCGACCCAAUCACCCAUGAGCCAGAGCGUGUGUUGAAAGGGCCACUGCAUCUGAGGAACCUUCCGGCAGCCGAUGAGCCAUUCCUUGCCGCUUUAUCGACUAAGCUUGAGCACGCCAUGUCCACUGAUCCGACCCCCACUGUUUUGAAAAACGAUCCUUUUGAUGAGCCACGGACCGUUGGAGAAAAGUCAACAGUUAAGGCGGGCGGUGAUGGAGCACACGAUACGCGUGAUGAAUCAUCUGGGGAGGAUGAGGAGGAUAUCCCUCUUAAGUUGAAAGACUCCCAAAACUUCGGUGCGCCCUUCGGAAAGCUUAGAAAGCUGUCAUAGGCACUUAAUGCUCUUGAGCCAUGGUUCUCCUUGGUAUACACCUUCUCUUGCUCACGAUUCUCCGGGCUGAGCAUCAUUC